UUUUUUUUCCUUUAGCGUUUUUCUUUUGUUUUGGCGGUUCUUGUCAGCAAAGCACCGUUUUGGACCCGAACCAAUUGGACCGGACCGGACCGGACCAUGUCGGGGCCUCCCGAUUGGAUUGUGGUUUGGUUUUGGGUCACCGCGGUGACUCUAGCGCGCCUCAACAAGGCCGACACCGGCACCGACGAGGGCGCGAAUGGAGGUCCGGACCCAGGAUUCUUCCCGGUCCCCGUGUGGAAGUUCAUGGCAGUGUCGGGACGCGCGGGUACGUUGGAUUCGGGUCGGCCGCGGUUCCGCUGCAGUGACACGGCGCUUUGCGUCGGUUUGUCCCUCAUCAGGCACUCCAAAGCCCGCCUUCCAGACGGGAGCAGGCUGAUGGCGCUGCCCGACGCCUGCGCCGCAUCGGUUCGGAGGUUCGGUCCCUGGCUGCUGCUCAAGAUGCCGUACGACAGCUGCCACCUGGACGCUUCGGUGUCCAAUGGAAGACACCAUCACCAGUUGGAAGUCCAUUAUUUUGACAGUCUGCUGCAAAUGAACAUGAUGGGCGUGGCUUCCUGCGAGAGUCCAGACACCGCGCUGCCCCUGGCACCACCAUUGGUCCUAUGCGGGGCAACACAAAUCCUUGUCAAACUGCCCCCUGGGACCAAACUGAUGAGGAUUAAAGAUCUCGGAGAUAAGGCUGUCAUCCGGCCUCGGGUCAGCACGGCGAGGGCAGGGGCUGCGUUUGUGCAGGUCUCCACCGUAGCUAAUGCGGGUUCCAGCGUGGAAAUAAAUUAUUUGGACUCUCUUGGGGACUUGUCCACCAUGCUGGCAGCGUGUAACAACACGAUCACACAAAGUGGACACAAACGUCAGCCAAGAUCUGUGCAGCAACUUGAUAUGUCGGUGCCAGGGGGUGUCGGUGUUGAAACCUCCAACCUGGAAGCAGCACCAUGUAAGACCACUGGAACACGGGGCUCUUAUAGCGAUGCACAUAUCUUUGAGUUGUGGGGUUAUGACGACAUUCCCAAAGAACCGUAUACUGCAGACGAAAAAGAUGACACUCCAUGUAAUCAAAUGCCUGCGAGCCUGCCACCAACUCUCCCAAGCACGAGCGACGCAUCUCUUCAGGUGUCCUGUGCCACAACAACCUCAACUGGUAGCACAAGGGAGUCUCCAUCUGCCACCUGUCCACCCCUAAUGCCAACACGUUUCACCACUGCUAAACCGUGUCCAAUCACAAUGCAAAUUGUGCCUGCAAGCACCCCAGUGGCUGCAAGGUCUCCAGCACCAAUGGCUUCUAUUUCUGUGACGGAAAGUAGUCUUGCUUCAACCAUAAACACUUUUGCUGCGACUAGAACUCCUAGUCCUGUACCAGUCGUGUGGACUUCAGCUCUGACCCCUGUGCCCAAGACCACCUCUGCAACCUCAACGACUGCUGUGGCAACAAAUAUUCAUGCUUUGGUCAAAUCUACACCUACUUUGAGCAGAUCUGCACCUACCACUACGACUCCGGCGCUGACACCUCUUCCUCUAACCACAACGCCCAGUUCUGGUGCAGUAAUUGCCUCUGUUGUGCCAUCUACCACAUUUACUCCCACACAAACAAGCAAUAUUGGCCCUGACUCUACUGGCACCCCUUCUGAACCUGCUCCGACCACAAUGACAACUUCUGCUCCCAAAACUACCUCUUACUCAAAUACUGCUCAAACCACACCUGCUUCAAUCAGAAACACAUCUCCUGCUACUGCUCUUGAUCUGGUCGUUGGUAGUUCAACUUCCACACAAGCAACUCCUGCUUUACUCCCAACAACCUCUGGUUCAACACGGACCCCAACUUCUGCUGCUACUGGUCCCACAACCACCACUUCUGUAACAACUCCUACUUUGACAUCUGGUCCGACCACCACAACUCCAGUGCUCGUAAUGUCUACUAAAAUGAUCACACCAGAAGUGACAAGUCCUGAUGUACCUGGGACCACAAUGGCUCUUGUGACAACACAAUCUGCACCACCAACUCCCACACCACAAACAAGUAGUGCUGCUUCCCUCGGAAACCCAACUCCCAGGUCAGAAGGCCCAGGUCAGCCUUUGGCGAUCACAACCGGCAUGGCCACAUUUCCCACCAGUUCUGCUCCAUCAAGCACCACAAUUCCUCCAGUGACAUCACCCUUUGAACCAACAACUAUGACGUCGGUAAUCUUUCAUGGUAUACCUUCUGAAUCAACACCAGUAACAACCAGUAAUCAUGGACCAAGUACCAUAACUCUGGUGUCAGCCCCACCUGAACAAACAACCACCACAAGACUUUCUGAACGAACCCUUUCAGUUAUGACCAUCUACCAAGAGAAUAUGCCGAGCAUCACAACCCUGACAAGCGAUCCUGAACAAACAACCAUUCCUAAAGUACAUAGCACCUCAACACAGUCGAAACAAACAUCUGCUACACCAAUCACAGCCAGUCCUGCUCUGCAAAGCAGCAAAACCUUUGUGACAAGCCCCUCUGAACCACAACCGAUCAUGCCAGGAACAAGUCCUGAUCUACCAAGCACAACUCCUGAACUAAGAACUACCCAAUCGGUACCAUCUUUUCUUGAUGUACCCAGCACCACAACUCCGCUUGUGACACCCCUUUUUGAAUCAACUGCUACACCUGUAACAAACGGCCGGAGUCCACGAAGCACAACCCAUCUACCAGAAAUGACUUCCUUGCCAGGAACUAGUCCUGCUCCACAAAGCACAACUCCCCUUGUGACGCCUUCUGAAGAAAAAAUGCCAGUAAAAAACAGUUCUACCAGUAGACUAACCACACCCUCCCUUACCACAAUUCCUGUUACACAAACGACCACACCUGUAACGAAGGGUCCUGCUCCACCAAGCACCACAACUCUUUAUUACACCACACCAGUGACAGCCAGUUUUGCUUCACAGAGCAGCACAAGUCCACUUUUACCAACCUUGUCUGAACGAACUACCACGCCAGUAAGAACUUUUCCUGAACCAACAACCAGUCCCGAUCUAGAAAGUCUCACUACCCUGGCGGGGAUGGCUACUACCCCACCAACCCCACUGACCCUAACGUCAGUGCCCAUAACCACCUCUGCCUCAACCACACCAACAAACAUUCAAGCAACAACUCCUCGCCUGUCCAUGACUACAUCUACUCCAUUAUUUAAUCUGCCACCACAAGGCCCCGGUCAACCUUUGAUGGCCACAAGUAUGACCAUGCCAACAAGUCUUCUUCAAACAAGCACCACAAGUCCCCUUGUGACAACCCCUUCAGGACCAACAACUACACCACCAGUCAGAACCAGUCCUAACGUACGAAGCACCGGAACUCCACUUGUGACAACACCUUCUGAAAGAACGAAUACUUCCCUCGUAAUAAUCAGUCAUGCGCCACCAAACACCACAACUGGCCUUGGGACAACCUCGUCUGUAUCGACCACAACCAGUACUGACAGACCGAGCACCACAAGCCCUUCUCAACAUACAAAGCAACAAACAAGCAGUCCUUAUGUAGCAUGGACCACACCGCCACUUGGUAGAACCCCUUCUGAGUCAACCAUGACCGUGCCAGUAACAACCAGUCCUGAUGUACCAAGCACUACAUCUGCACUUGAGACAACACCUUCUGAUCAUACAACCCCGAUGGCAGGAAGACCAGACCAUGCUCCACAAAGCCCCACAAAUAAUCUAGUGACAACUCCUGCUAAAUCAACAAAGUUGGUAACCAGUCCUGAUGUACCAAACAGCACACGUGAUCUUGUGACAUCUUCUGAAUCAACUAUCAUGCCGAAAACCAGGCCUUCUCCGCCAACCCCCACAACUGGUCUUGUGACAACACCUUAUUACUCAACCUCUACCAGGCCAGUAACAAUCAGGACUCGUGUGAUAACCCCUUCAGAAACUGAAAUGGCAGUAACGCCCAGUCCUGAGUUUCCAAGCACCACAUCUGCACUUGAGACAACACCUUCUGAUCCUACAACUCCCGUGGCAGGAACAGACCAUGCUCCACAAACACCCACAAAUAAUCUUGUUACAACCGCCGCUAAAUCAAAGCUAGUAACCAGUCGUGAUGUACCAAACAGCACACACAGUCUUGGGACAUCACCUUUUGAAUCAACGACAGCCAUACCAGAAACAACCAGGCCUGCGCCACCAACCCCCACAACUGGUCAUGUGACAACACCUUAUUACUCAACCGCUACCAGGCCAGUAACAACCAGUCCGGCUUCACUAAGCACCACAACUGGUCUUGUGACACCUUCUGAAUCAACUAUCACCACACUAGUAAAAACACAUCCUGAUGUACCAAGGACCACAACUGCUUCUCAACGAAUGACAAUGCUGAAAACAACCAGUCCUGAUGGUCCUGCUCUCACCACACCGGUAGCAACCAGUCCUCCUCCCCCAAGCACCACAGCAGGUCUUAUGGCACCCCCUUCUGAAAAAAUGACCACUCUAGUAACCACUUCUGGUCUUCAAAGCACCACCAUUGGUCUUGUGAAAACCCCUUUUGAAUCAUCAAUGACUACACCAGUAACUGGUCCUGCUGCACCAAGCACCACAAUGCCACCCAAAACCGCCACCCCAAGAACUAGUCCUUCUCCACCAAGCACUACAGCUGAUAUUGUGACAUCUGAAUCAACCACUACCACACCAGUAACCAGUGCUGAUAGACUAAGCACCCCAAGCUCUUUGGAAGAAACUACAAUGCGGCAAAAAGGCAGUCCUGCUACAACAACAACAAUUGGUCUCAUCACAUCAAGUACCACAAACCUUACGUCAUCAACUUUAAACCUAGUAACAACUUCUGCUGCUGUGUCAAGCAGCCCACCCCCUUUUCAUAAAACUACCGCCAUGCCAAUAGUAACCAGUGCGGAUGUACCUAGCACAACAUUUCCUUCUGAAAGAGCAAUCUCGCCAGUAACUGGUCCUGCUUCAGCCAGAACCACAACUGGUCUUGUGACAUCACCUUCUGAAUCAACCUCUACCACACUGGUAACAACCAGUCCUGAUGCACCAAGUACAAGCCAUUAUGAAGGAACUACAAUGCCACAAACAACCAGUCCCGACACUCAAAGAACCACAACUCCUUCUGAAUCUGGUACUACCAUGGCAGUAACCAAAACUGAUAGACCAAUCACCUCAAGCCCUUCUGAAGGAACUACAAGGCCACACACUACCAGUCCUGUUCCACCAAGCAUCCAAACGGGUUUUGUACCCUCUGGAUCAACCACUACCACACUGGUAACCAGUCCUGUUGUUUCAAGCACCACGACGCCCCUUGUGGCGACCCUUUCUGAAUCAACGACUAUCAUACCACAAAUAAUCAGUACUCCCCUUGUGACAACCCCUUCUAAAUCAACUACAAAGCCAGUCACUGCCAGUGUACCAAGCAGCACAACCCCAACAGAAACAACCACAUCAGCAGUAACUAGUCCUAAUUUUCCAAACACCACAUAUCCUCUUGUGGUAACCCCUUCUGAAUCAAGAACGACCACACCAGUGACAAAUAUUGAUAUACCAAACACAACAACUAGCCCUGCUCCACCAAGCACCACAACUGGCCUUGUGACGGCACUUUCUGAAUCAACCACUACCACAAUGACAACCAGUCUUGAUGUGCCAAGAACUGCAACCCCUUCUGAACCAGCAACUACGCUGCCAGUAGCAACCAGUAAUUAUGGAACAAGCACAACUCUUGUGACAACCCCUUCUCAAAUGACCACCACAGCAGUAACAACCAGUCCUGAUUUUCCAAGCACCACAACUCCUCUCGUGACAACCCUUUCUGAUAUGACACCAGGGAAAACUGAUCCACCAAGCACCACAACUUCUUUUGGGACAUUACUUUCUGAAUCAAAUAUGAUGGCAAACACAACCCCUUCAGGGACAGCAACUACCCUGACAGGAGUAACUAGGACUGAUGUACCAAGCACAACUCCUGUGAUAACCCCUUCUGAAACAAGCACAGCAGUAACAAGCAGUACUGCUAUUCCUCGGACCACACCUCUUGUAAUAACUCCUUUUGAAUCAAGUACGACCACACCAGUAACCAGUAUAAGCACGACAAGGCCUCCUGAAGGAACUACAAUGCCAGAAACUAGUCCUACGCCACCAAACACCACAACUGGCCUUGUGACAACCUCUUCUGAGACAACCACUACCAUACCAGAAAUGACCAGUCCUCCUUCACCAAGGACCACAACUCCAUCUGAACAAAAGAUUCCUGUAAUCAGUCCUGCUCUGCCAAGCAUCACAACUGGUCUUGUGACAAAACAGUCUAAAUCAACUAUGACCACACCAGUAACAACCAGUCCUGGUGUACCGAGCAUCACUCCCCUUGUGACAACCCCUUUUAGAUCAACUAAAACAGCACCACACAUGACAAGUUCUACAAACUCUUCUAAAACAACUACAAAGCCAGUCACUACCAGUCUUGAUGCUCCAACCAGCACAAUCCCUUCAGAAACAGUGACAUCAGCAGUAACUAGUCCUAAUUUUCCAAACACCACAAAUCUUCUUGUCAUAGCCACUUCUGAAGCGAGUACGUCCACACCGGUGACAGAAACUGAUAGACCCACAAGCCCUUCUGAAGGAACUACAAUGCCACAAACAACCAGUCCUGAUUUUCCAAACACAAAAUCAGCACUUGUGACAUCUUCUGAACAUACAACUCUGUUGCCAGAAUCAUCCAGUCUUGCUCUGCCAAGCACCAUCACUGGUGUUUGGCCUUCGGCAUCAACUGAGGUACCAAGCAGAACAACCCCUUCCGGACCAGCAAUUGCCCUGCCAGUAAUAACCAGUACUGAUGUAACGAGCACAACUCUUGUGACAACCCCUUUUGAAUCAACUACUAUCAUACCAGAAACAACCAGUCUCACAAGUGGUCUUGUGACAAUUCAUCCUGAAUCAACUACCAUACUAGAAACCAGUCCUGCUGCACCAAGAAUGACUGAUUUUGUGAUAACCCCUUCUGAGGCAAGUACGACCACACCAGUAACCAAUACUGAUAGACUAAACACCCCAACCCCUACCAUGGCACAAACAGGUCCUGCUCCACAAAGCACCCCACUGGGUCUUGAGACGACACCUACUGAAAAAAACCCUACCACACUGGUUAUAACCAGUCCUGAUGUACCAAGCACCACAACUCCCCUUGUGACAACCACUUCUGAAGCAACUACCGAAUCAAAAACAAAAAGCGCUCUUCCACCAAAGUCCACAAUUAAUCACGUGACAACCCCUGAUGUAGCAAGCAGUACAACCCCUUCUGAACUAGCAACUACCCUGCCAGGAAAAAACACUACUGUACCGGGUUUUGUGACAAUCCCUUCAGAAACAACCACCACAGCAAUAACAACCAGUCCUGAUAUUCCAAGCACCACUACUCCUUUUGUAAUAACCCCUUCUGAAUCAAGUAUGAACACACCAGUAACCAAUAUUGAUAGACCAAACACCUCAAGCGCUUCUGAAAGAACUACAAUGCCACAAACAACCAGUCCUGCUCCACCAAGAACCACAACUCCUCCUGAAACAACUACCAUACUAGAAACCAGCCCUGCUACAUCAAGCAUGACUGGUUUUGUGUUAACCGCUUCUGAAGCAAGUCCGACCACACCAGUAACCAAUACUGAUAGACCAAACACCACAGGCCCUUCUGAAAUUACGACAAUGCCACAAACAACCAGUCCUGCUCCACAAAGCACCACAGUGGGUCUUGAGAAGACACCUUCUGAAACCACUACCACACUGGUUGCAACUAGUACUGAUGUACCAAUCACCACAACUCCCCUUGUGACAACCACUUCUGAAGCAACUACCAAACCACAAACCAAAAGCUCUACUCCAAGCUCUACAACUAAUCAUAUGUCAACCCUUUCUAAAUCAACUCUGACAAAAAUGGUAACUCGUAUUGAUGUACCAAGAAGCACAGCCCAUUCGGAACCAGCAACUACCGUGCCACUAAAAACCAGUACUGAUGUAACAAGCACAACUAUUGUGACAACCCCUUCUGAAUCGACCACCACAGCCGUAACAACCAGUCCUGAUUUUCCAAGCACCACUAUUGCACCUCUUGUAAUAACCCCUUCUGAAUCAAGUACGAACACACCAGUAACCAGCCCUUCUGAAGGAACAAUGCCACAAACUAGUCCUGCUCCACAAAGCACCGCAGUGGGUCUUGUGACAACACUUCCUCAAUCAACCACUACCACACUAGUAGCAACCAGUCCUGAUGUACCAAGCCCCAAUACUCCCCUUCUGGCAUCCCCUUCUGAAUCAACAAUUGCCAUACUGGAAGCAACCAGUCCUGAUCCACCAAGCACUACAACUCGUCUUGGGAUAACCUCUUCUAAAUCUGCUACCAUACCAGAAACAACCAGUCUUGCUCUACCAAGUAUUACAACUGCUCUUGUGGCAACACUUUCUAAAUCAAUUUUGACCACACCGGCAACAACCAGUCAGGAUGUUCCAAGUGCCACAACUCCCCUUGUGACAACCUCUUCUGAAUCAAAGAUUGCACCACAAACAACCAGCUCUACAACUAAUGAUGUGACAAUGCCACCUAAAUCAAGAACUACAAAGCCAGUAUCAAGCAGUGUUGAUAUACCAAGCAGCACAACGCCUUCAGAACCAGCAACUACCGUGCCAAUAGCAAGUAGGACCGUGCCAAGCACUGUGACAACCCCGUCUAAAUCAAGUAUGACCACAUCAGUAACCGAUACUGAUAGAACAAGCACCACAAGCACUCCUGAAAGCACUACCAUGCCACAAAUCAGUCCUGCUCCACAAAGCACCACAGUGCGUUUUGAGACAACACCUUCUGAAACCACUACCACACUGGUUGCAACUAGUCCUGAUGUACCAAGCACCCCAACUGGUCUUGUGAUAACACUUUCUGAAUCAACCACACCAACAACCAGUCCUGAUGUACCAAGCGCCACAACAACCCCCCAUGAAUCAUCUACCAUACCAGAAACAACCAGCCCUGCUACACAAAAUACGAUUGGUUUUGUGAUAACCCCUUCCAAGGCAAGUACGACCACGCCAGUGACCAAUACUGAUAGACCAAGCACCACAAGCCCUCCUGAAAGCAUUACCAUGCCACAAACGGGUCCUCCUCCACAAAGCACCACAGUGGGUCUUGAGGCAACACCUUCUGAAACCACUACCACACUGGUUACAACCAGUCCCGAUGUACCAAGCACCACAACUCCCCUUUUGACAAUGACUUCUGAAGCAACUACCGAACCAAAAACAAAAAGCUCUCUUCCACCAAACUCCACAACUAAUCACAUGACAACCCCUUCUAAAUCAACGACUACAAAAGUGGUAACUAGUGUUGAUGUACCAAGCAGCACAACCCCUUCUGAACCAGCAACUACCCUGUCAGUAAAGGCCAGUACUGAUGUAACAAGCACAACUCUUGUGACAACCCCUUCUGAAUUUACCACCACAGCAGUAACCAGUCCUGAUUUUCCAAGCACCACUGGUUUUGUGACAGCACCUUCUGAAACAGCCAGUACCACACUGGUAAUAACCAGUCCUGAUACAUCAAGCACCAUAACUCCCUUUGUGACAGCUCCUUUUGAACAGACGAUGACCACACGAGGAACCACUCAUCCUACUCCGCCAAGCACCACAGUGGGUCUUGUGAAGACAACUUCUGACUCAACGACCACGUUAAUAACUAGUUCUGCUCCACAAAGCACCAUGACACCCACUGUGAGAAUCCUUUUUAAAUCACCAAUGACCAUGCAAGUAACAACCAGUCCUGCUACAUCAAGGACUACAAGUGGUUAUGUGACCACCUCUUUUGUAUUAACCACGACCAGAUCAGUGACAACCGAUCCUGAUGUACCAAGAGUCUCAACAACUACCAUACCAGAAACGACCAGUCCUGCUACACUACGUCCGACUGGUUUUGUGAUAACCCCUUCUGAGGCAAAUACGACCACGCCAGUAACCAAUACUGAUAGAACAAGCACCACAAGCCCCCCUGAAAGCAUUACCAUGCCACAGACCAGACCUGCUCCACAAAGCACCACAGUGGGUCUUGAGACUACACCUUCUGAAACCACUACCACACUGGUUAUAACCAGUCCCGAUGUACCAAGCACCACAACUCCCCUUGUGACAACCACCUCUGAAGCAACUACUAAAUCGACUACAAAAAGGGUAACUAGUGUUGAUGUACCAAGCAGCACAACCCCUUCUGAACCAGCAACUACCCUGUUGGUAAAAACCAGUACUGAUGUAACAAGCACAACUCUUGUGGCAACCCCUUCUGAACAAACCACCACAGCAGUAACAACCAGUCCUGAUUUUCCAAGCACCACUAUCUUUGUGACAGCUCCUUUUGAACGAACUACCACACCAGUAACAACUAGUCCUCCAAGUACAACAUUGGGUCUGGUGAAGACAACUUCCUACUCAACGACCACGCUAUUAACCAGCACCACCAAACCUGCUGUGACAAUCCUUUUUAAAUCACCUAUGACCACGCCAGAAACAUCCCGUCCUGCUCCCCCAAGCACCACCACUGGUCUUACGACAACCGAUUCUGAAUCAACAAGUGCAAUGCUAGUAACAGGCAGUCUUGAUAUACCAAGGAGCACAACCACUUCUGGACCAGUAACUACCCUGCCUGCAGGAACGAGUACUGAUGUAACAAGCACAACUAUUGUGACAACCGCUUCUGAAUCAACCACUAUCAUACCAGAAACAACCAGUCCUGCUCCACCAAGCACAUCUUAUUUUGCAACAUUACUUUCUGAAUCAGAUACAACACCAGUAACGACCAGACCUGUUCAACCAAUCACCACAGCUCCUCUUGGGAUAACUUCUUCUGAAUCGGCUAUCAUACCAGAAACAACCAGUCCCACUCUGCCAAGUAUCACAGGUGGUCUUGUGACAACACCUUCUGAGUCAAGCACGACCACAGUGAUAACCAGUCCUGAUGCACCGAGCCCCAUAAGCCCUUCUGAUGGAACUAAAAUGCCAAAAACAGCCAGUCCUGAUGGCCGAAUCACCACAACUCCCCUUUUGACAACCCUUUUUGAUACGUCGGUAAUAACUGCUCCACCAAGUACUCCAACUUCUUUUGGGACAUUACUUUCUGAAUCGACUAGAAUGCCAGUAAUGACCACACCUGUUCAGCCAAUCACCACAACUCAUCUGGGUAUAACUUCUUCUGAAUCAGCGACUAUACCAGAAACAACCAGUCCCGCUUUGCCAAGUCUCACAAGUGGUCUUGUGUUGACACUUCCUGCAUCAAAUUUCACCACGCCACCAACAACCAGUCAGGAUGUACCAGCUUCCACAACUCCCCUUGUGACAACCCCUUCUGAAACUACAACUAAUCAUGUGACAAUCCCUUCUAAAUCAAGAACUACAAAGUUACUAACAAUCAGUCUUGAUGUACCAAGCAGCACAACCCCUUCAGGACUGGUAGUAACUAGGUCUGAUGUACCAAGGACCACAACUCCUCUUGUGAUAACCCCUUCUGAAUCAGGUAUGACCACACCAGUAACAAGCCCCACAAGACGUGAUGGAACUAAAAUGCCAGAAAACACCAGUUCUGCUCCACCAAGAACCACACCCUCUUUUGGGACAUUACUUUCCGAAUCAACUACAAGGUCAGUAACGACCAGUCCCGUUCAGCCAAUCACUACAACUCCCCUUGUGACAAGCACUUCUGAAGCAACUACCGAACCACAAACCAGAAGCUCUACUCCACCAAACUCUACAACUAAUCAUGUGACAACCCCUUCUAAACCAAUUAUGGUAACUAGAGUUAAUGUACCAAGCGGCACAACCCCUUCUGAACCAGCAACUACCCUGCCAGUAAAAACCAGUACUGAUGUAACAAGCGCAACACUUGUGGCAACCCCUUCUGAAUCGACCACCACAGCAGUAACCAGUCCUGAUUUUCCAAGCACCGCUGGUUUUGUGACAGCAGCUUCUGAAACAGCCACUGAAACACUGGUAAUGAUCACCACAGCCGUAACAGCCAGUCCUGAUUUUCCAAGCACCACAACUCUUCUUGUAAUAACCCCUUCUGAAUCAACCACUAUCAUACCAGGAACAACCAGUCCCGCUCUGCCAAGUAUUACAAGUGGUCUUGCGACAACACCUUCUGAGUCAAGCACGACCACAGUGAUAACCAGUCCUGAUGCACCGAGCCCCAUAAGCCCUUCUGAUGGAACUAAAAUGCCAAAAACAGCCAGUCCUGAUGGCCGAAUCACCACAACUCCCCUUUUGACAACCCUUUUUGAUACGUCGGUAAUAACUGCUCCACCAAGUACUGCAACUUCUUUUGGGACAUUAGUUUCUGAAUCGACUAGAAUGCCAGUAAUGACCAGUCCUGUUCAGCCAAUCACCACAACUCCUCUGGGUAUAACUUCUUCUGAAUCAGCGACUAUACCAGAAACAACCAGUCCCGCUCUGCCAAGUCUCACAAGUGGUCUUGUGUUGACACUUCCUACAUCAAAUUUCACCACGCCACCAACAACCAGUCAGGAUGUACCAGCUUCCACAACUCCCCUUGUGACAACCCCUUCCAAAUCAACAACCAGCUCUACAACUAAUCAUGUGACAAUCCCUUCUAAAUCAAGAACUACAAAGCUACUAACAAUCAGUCUUGAUGUACCAAGCAGCACAACCCCUUCAGGACUGGUAACUACCUUGCCAGCAGCAACUAGGACUGAUGUACCAAGGACCACAACGCCUCUUGUGAUAACCCCUUCUGAAUCAGGUAUGACCACACCAGUAACCAGCCCUGAUGUAACAAGCCCCACAAGACGUGAUGGAACUAAAAUGCCAGAAAACACCAGUUCUGCUCCACCAAGCACCACACCCUCUUUUGGGACAAUACUUUCCGAAUCAACUACAAGGUCCGUAACGACUAGUCCUGUUCAGCCAAUCACCACAACUCCCCUUGUGACAAGCAUUUCUGAAGCAACUACCGAACCACAAACCAGAAGCUCUACUCCACCAAACUCUACAACUAAUCAUGUGACAACUCCUUCUAAGCCAACAAUGGUAACUAAAGUUAAUGUACCAAGCAGCACAACCCCUUCUGAACCAGCAACUACCCUGCCAGUAAAAACCAGUACUGAUGUAACAAGCGCAACACUUGUGGCAACCCCUUCUGAAUCGACCACCACAGCAGUAACCAGUCCUGAUUUUCCAAGCACCACUGGUUUUGUGAUAGCAGCUUCUGAAAAGGCCAGUACCACACUGGUAAUGACCAGCACAGCUGUAACAGCCAGUCCUGAUUUUCCAAGCACCACAACUCCUCUUGUAAUAACCCCUUCUGAAUCAACCACUAUCAUACCAGAAACAACUAGCCCUGCUCCACCAAGCACAUCUUAUUUUGCAACAUUACUUUAUGAAUCAGAUACGACACCAGUAACGACCAAACCUGUUCAACCAAUCACCACAGCUCCUCUUGGGAUAACUUCUUCUGAAUCGGCUAUCAGACCAGAAACAACCAGUCCCACUCUGCCAAACACCACAACACCUCCUGAAUCAACAACUACCAUACUAGAAACCAGUCCUGCUACACCAAGCACAACUAAUUUUUUGAUAACCCCUUCCGAGGCAAGUACGGCCAUGCUAGUAACCAAUACUGAUGGACCAAGCACUUCUGAAAGCACUACCAUGCCACAAACAACCAGUCGUGUUCCACAAAGCACCACACUGGGUCUUGAGACAUCACCUACUGAAAGAACCACUACCACACUGGUUAUAACCAGUCCUGAUGUACCAAGCACCACAACUCCGCUUGUGACAACCACUUCUGAAGCAACUACUAAAUCGACUACAAAAAUGGUAACUGGUGUUGAUGUACCAAGCAGCACAACCCCUUCUGAACCAGCAACUACCCUGCCAGUAAAAACCAGUACUGAUGUAACAAGCACAACACUUGUGGCAACCCCUUCUGAAUCGACCACCACAGCAGUAACAACCAGUCCUGAUUUUCCAAGCACCACUAUCUUUGUUACAGCUCCUUUUGAACAAACUACCACACCAGUUACAACUAGUCCUCCAAGUACGACAUUGGGUCUGGUGAAGAUAACUUCCUACUCAACGACCACGCUAUUAACCAGCACCACCAAACCUGCCGUGACAAUCCUUUUUAAAUCACCUAUGACCACGCCAGAAACAUCCCGUCCUGCUCCCCCAAGCACCACCACUGGUCUUAUGACAACUGAUUCUGAAUCAACAAGUGCAAAGCUAGUAACAGGCAGUCUUGAUAUACCAAGGAGCACAACCCCUUCUGGACCAUUAACUACCCUACCGGCAGGAACGAGUACUGAUGUAACAAGCACAACUAUUGUGACAACCGCUUCUGAAACGACCACCACAGCAGUAACAACCAGUCCUGAUUUUCCAAGCACCAGAACUCCUCUUGUAAUAACCCCUUCUGAAUCAAGUACGUCCACACCAGUGACAAAUACUGAUAUACCAAACACCACAAGUCCUUCUGAGGGAACUACAAUGGCACAAUCCAUUUCUGAUGUACCAACCACCACAACUCGCUUUGUGACAACACCCUCUCAAUCAACCACUACCACACUGGUGACAACCAGUCCUAAUAUACUGAGCACAACUCUGGUGACAACCCCUUCUGAAAUGGCCACCUCAGCAGGAACAACCAGUCCUGCUCCACCAAGAACCACACCUCCUCUUGGGACAUCACCUAAAGCAAUUACCACACAAACAACCAGUCCUGCUCCACUACGCACCACAAGUGGUAUUGUAACAACCACUUCUGCAUCAAUUUGGACCACACCAGUCACAACCACAACUGAUGUAGUUAGCACAACUCUUGUGACAACCUUUUCUAAAACUGAGACUGUAACAACCGGUUCUGAUUUUCAAAGCCCUACAUCUCCACUUGUGACAACACCUGCUGAACAUACAAUUCCAAUGCCAAGAGCAACCAGUCUUUCUCCAGACAGUAGCACGACUGGCCUUGUAACAACUCCCUCUGAAGCAACUACAAUCACACCAGUAAGAACCAGUACUGGUAUACCAAUCGCAACUCUUCUGACCUCUUCAGAAACUACCAAAGCGGUAACGACCAAACUUGAGUUUCAAAGCACAACAGCAACACCUUUUAUACAAACAAGUACCACGCCAGUAACCAGUCCUGAUAGACCAAACACCACAACUCCUCUCGUGACAACCCUUUCAGAAACCUCAACUACCACGCAACCAUUAACCAAUCUUGCUCCACAAAUCACUGUGCUUAUGGCAACUUCAGGACCCACAACUGUAACGGCCAGUCCUGAACCAACAACCAGCCCUGAUAUGCGAAGUAUAACAACCUCUUCGGAAACUACAAUACCAAUAACCAAUCCUGAGGAACCAAGCAGAACAGGUCUUAUGGCAACCUCUUCAGAAUCAACAAGAGCUCCAGUAACAACGAGUCCUGCUCCGCCACACACCACUCUUCUUGUGACACCAUCAGAACCAACUACUACCACACCAGGCAUGACCCCUCCUGAACCAACAACCAGUCGUGAUAUGGAAAGCACAACCACUUUUGCAUUUACAAUUACCCCACCAGUAACAAGCAGUCAUGGCGCACCAAGCACAACUCCCCUUGUGACAACCCCUGCUGAACCGACAGUUACCACGCUCCAAACCAGUCUUGGUGUACAAAAUACCAUUCCUCUCGUCUCCAUACCUUUAGAACCAAUGACAACUGAUCAUGAUGUACUAAGCACUACAAUGCUUUCUGAGCAAACUACCAUGCCAGCAAGAACCAGGCUUGACUCUCCAAGCACGACAGCGCCUUUUGUGGCAAGACCCUUUAAACCAAAAACUACCACAUUAGUGAUAACCAGUGCUGAUGUACCCAACACAACAACUCCCCCUGUGAAAACACUGAUUGAACUAACUGCGACCAUGCCGGUAACCAGUCCUGCCCCACCAAGCACCAGAACACUAAAGACUCAUUCAGAAGAAACUAUUACCACACAAGUAGCAACCAGUCGUGAUAUAAAAAGUGCCACAACCCCUUAUGAGCAUCUGGCCACACCACUAACAAGAAGUUCUACUCUACCCAAAACCACUACUGGUCUUCUGACAACGCUGUCUGAACAAACUACCAUGGGGGUAAAAAACAGUCCUGAGCUACCAAGCACCACAACUCCCCUUCUGAUCGCACCUUCUGAACAAACACCCACGCCAGGCACAACCAGUGCUGAUGUACUAAGCACACAUGGACCAACCCGUACUGAAUCAUCUACCACAGCAGUAAUUACUGAUGCUGAAUCUAUAACUACCACACAUCUAACAAGUCCGAAUUCACCAAUUACCACUCCUCUUGUGAGGAUUGCUCUAAUCACAUCUUAUGAACAAAAUGCUACCAAGUCAGUCACAACCAGUCCUGCGCCACCAAGCACCACAGCUGCUCUUGUGACUACACAGUCUGAACCAGUACGACCCACGCCAGUAACAACCCCUCCAGAACCAAAUACCGUGCUAGCAACAGCCACUCCUGAUCUACCAAGCACCGCAGUUCCUCUUGGGACAGCACUUUUUGAACCAACUGCCACCCCACCAGUAACAACCAGUUCUGCACCACAAAUCAGCGCAACUGGUCUUGGCACCACAAUUGCUCUUGUAAUACCUUCUGAAUCAGCGAUCACCAUGUCAGGAACAACGAGUUCUGCACCACCAAGCACCACAGCUGCUCUUGUUACUACACAGUCUGAAACAAGAACAAACUCAGUAACAAACAGUCCUGAUACACCAAGUGACACGACCUUGCUUGUGUCAGUUGAAACUACGACUACUAGGCAAGUAACUCGUCCUUCUGCAACAAGCACAUUGGUGACACCUUCAGAACCAGCUAUAACAAAACCAAUAACAAUCAAUCCUGAUGUGCCAACCAGCACAACUGUUGCAACACCAACUGACCAACAAAUGACCAUCCUAGAAACAACUAGUCCUGAUGUGCGAAAGACCGCAAUUUCUCCUGUGACAAAACCUUUUCAAUCAACUACAAUGCCAGCAACAACCAGUUUUGACGUUUCAAGCGCCACAACAGCUUCUGAACCAACUACAAUGCAACUAAUAAGCAGUCCAAGCACCGCUACUGAUCUUGUGACAACACCUUCAGAAUCAAUAACUACCACCCAAGUAACCAGUCCACCAAGCACCAGGACUCCUCUUCUGGCUCCUUCAGAACUGACUGGCAUGCCAGUAACAAACAGGGCUGCUCCAAUAAGCAGUACCCAACCAGUGACCUCAACUCCACUAGCAACCAUUCCUGGUGUGUCAAAAGCAAUUCCUUUUGUGACGUCUUCAGAACCAACUUCCACCAUGGCAGUAACAACAGAACCUGAUCCAACAAGCAUCACAACUCUUCAUGUGAUAACUUUUUCUGAAUCAACUACAUUCAUGUUAAACACCAUCAGUUCUGAUGUACCAAGCAUCACAAGUCUUAUGACAUCUUCAGAACCAACUGUAACCAUGCCAGUGACGCCCCCACCUGAACCAAUCCCCAAACCUGAUAUACCGAGGACCACAACACCUGAACCAGUUGGGACCAUGCCAACCCCUUUUGAACAAACUACAGUGUCAAAAACAACCGGUCCUGAUGUACCACACACUCAAACUCCUUUAGAACAAACUACUCCAACACCAGUCACAACCCAUCCCGGUGUUCCAAGCACCACAAUUCCUUUUGUGACAACACAUACUGAACAAACGGCUACAACACAAGUAACACCCAGCCCUGCCCCAACAAUCGCCACAAAUAGUCUUGUGAUAAUCCCCUUUGGGUCAACAACAAGUGGCCACAAUGUACCAAGCCCCACAAUUGUUCUUGUGACACCACCAGCUGAACGAACUACCACUACACCAGCAACAAGUCCGAAAACACCAAGUAUGACAACGCUACCUGUGACACCUUUUGAACCAGCUACUACCACAGCCCAAACAACCAGUCCUGAUGGAUCAGGCACUACAUCUCCUCUUGUGAUGACACCUUCUGCACAAUCAAUUCCCUUGCAAGUAACAAACAGCCCUACUCCCCCUAACACCCAAACUACUACACUGCCAGGAGAAACCAUUACUGAUGUACCAAGCACAACUCUUGUGACAACCCUUUCUAAAACGACCACCACAGCAGUAACAACCAGUCCUGUUGUACCAAGCACCACAACUCUUGUGACAGCCCGCACUGAACUAGCAACUACCUCACAAGUGGCAACCACUCCUGCUCCACAAAGCACUAAAACACUUGUGACACCUUCAGAACCAACUAUUAUUAAGCCAGUAACGCCUCCUGAACAUACACCCAGUCCUGAUAGGCCAAAUACAACACAUUCUGAAUCAACCUCUACCAUGCUAGUAACAAUCAGUCUUGAUGGACCAAAAACAUCUUCUGAAUCGGCAACCAUUCUUGAUUUCUCAAGCACAUCUCCUCUUGAGACAAGACCUGCCACAGCAAUAACUACCGGUCCUGAUGUAGCACGCACAACCCCUUCUGAAGCUACACCAGCAACUAGUAAUCCUCAUGUACCAAGCACAACCUCUUAUGAAUUCACCACCACCAAGCCAGUAACAACCAGUCCUGAUUUUCUUAGCACCACAACUUCUUUUGAAUCUUCGACCAUGGCGAUACUGAAGCAUCCUAAUUUACCAAGCACCUCAACUCCCCUUGUGACGACACCUACUCAACAAAUUACCAUGCGAGUAACCAGUCUUGCUCCAAGAACCACUACUACUGUGAAAAUGCCUUCUCAACAAACUCCUACGAGGCCACAAAGAACCAGUCGUGAUGCACCAACCAUGGCAGUAACAACUUGUCCUUGUGCACCAAGCACAAAUAAUUUUUUGACGUUUUCUCAACCUACAGCCAGUCCUGCUGCAAAAGUAACCACAAACUCUGAGCUAUCACCCCUCUCCCCAGCUUUGACCAGCACUACUUUAGUGCCAACACUAACUGCUAGAAGAGCUCAAACCACCGUAAUUCUGCAUACUGGCCCUACAGAAAUAACAAACCAGAUAGCAUCAACACCAUGUCUUGGAUACGGCCACGAUGGCAAGGUCAGACAUGGACACAGCAAGGGCGGAAAGCCCUUUGAAGGCCACAGUCAUGGGGGAAAACCCUGGAACAGCAAUAAGCCUGGACAUGGACACGAACAUGGUGGUAAAUCCUGUGCGAGCCACAGAAAUGGCAGCAAACCCUGUUGUAAGGACAAAACUAGACACGGCCAUGGUGUACACAGUGGAAAUCCCUGUGCAGGCCAUGAGCAUCCGAGCAAAGACUUUCACAGCCAUGGCCAUGACGGACACAAGAAAAAAAACAGCAGGCCUGUCCAUAGAAACAGCGGAAAGUCCUGUGAUGCUAUACAUAACCAGCCCUGUGAUGGUGGCAAGCUCAGCCACAAGCCAUUGCAAAACCACAGUAGGCUUGGACAUCGCAAGCCUGACCAUAAUGACAAGCAUGACCGAAAACCCUGUGAAGGUCAUAACCACAGACAAGGUGGAAAACUCUGUGACAAGAAUGGACACAGCCAUGAUCAUGGACAGAAGCAGGCCAGUCAGGGUGGCAGACCCGGGCACGGCAGUAUCCCUGAGCACAGCAGGCCUGUUGUCAGACCAGACCACCGAAGGCCCAACUUGGGUGGCAGGCCCGGGCACAGUAAGCCUGCCCACGGCAGGCCCGGGCACAGUAAGCCUGACCACGGCAGGCCCGGGCACAGUAAGCCUGACCACGGCAGGCCCGGGCACAGUAAGCCUGACCACGGCAGGCCCGGGCACAGUAAGCCUGACGGAAGGCCUGACAGCAGUGGCAGACCUGAAUCUAGUACGCCACACCAUGGCAGGCCCGGCAAAAGACCCGACCACAGAAAGUCUGACAGCAGUGGCAGGCACGAACACAGUAUACCAGCACACGGAAGGCCUGAUGGUGGUGGCAGGCCAAAUCACAGCAGGCCUGGACACAGUAAGCCAGGCCGUGGUGGAAGACCAGAUCAUGUCCGACAUGACAGUGACCACAGCAGAAGGCCUGAACACAGUAGGCCAAACCACGGCAGGCCUGGACAAAGACCAGACCACAGUGAGCCUGACAGCAGUGGCAGGCAGGAACAUAGUAUACCAGACCACAGCAACACUGGACCCAGUAAUCCAGGCCACAGCAGGCCUGACCAUGAUGGAAGGCCUGACAGCACAGACAGACCCGAACACAAUAAACAAGACCACAGAAGGCCCAACAGCACCGGAAGUCAAAACCACAACAGGCACGGACACAGGAGGCCAGGCCACGACAGGCCCAACCGCAACGGCAGACCCAAUUAUAGUAGGCCUGACAGUGGCGCAAGUCCAGACUACAGCAAGCCUGAGCAUGGUGGCAGGCCCGGACACAGUAAGCUAGGCCAAGGAGACCAUGGUGCCAGGCUAGACCAUGGACGACCCGGCAGCAGUGGUAGACCAGAUUAUGCCCGGCCAAAUGGUGACCACGAUGUAAGGCCUGACAAAGACAGACCCAAAAACAAUAGGCCAGACGACAGGCCCAACAGUGGCAGUCAGCCUGAACACAGUAUACCAGACCACGACAGAUCCCACAGCAGUGCCAGGCCAGACAACGGCAAGCCUGGAUGGAGUAGGCCAGACCACAACAAGCCCAGCAGCGGACACGACCGAAGGCCUGAGCAAGGUAGCGGCCGGCCCAACAGUGACCAUGAUGGAAGGCCUGACAAUGGAAAUCAUGAACACAGUAGGCCCGACAGCAGUGGAACAGACCACGGCCUGCCCGACAGUGACCUCGACGGAAGGCCUGAUGGAAAUAUCAGGCCCGAACACAGUAAGCCUAUGAAAGACUUUGAAAAAUCCGACAGUGGCAGCAGGCCUGGACACAGUAGGACAAACCAUGGCAAGCCCGAAGAAAAACCAGACCACAGCAAGUCUAGACACAGUGUACCAGGCCACAGUAAGCCUGGACACAGUAAGUUAGGUCACGGUAAGCCUGACGGGGACCAUCACAGAAGGCCUGAACACAGCAAGCCCAACCUUGGUGGUAGACCCGGACAAAGUAGGGUAGACCACGACAGGUCUGACAGUGGCAGCAGGCCUCAACACAGUGAGCCAGGCCACAGGAGGAAUGACAGUAACGGCAGGCCUGAACAGAGACCAGGCCACAACAGCAGGCUUGAAUACAGUAUGCCAGACCAAAACAAGCCAGACAGUGGUGGCACACCAGACCAUGGCCUGCCUGACAGUGAGCAUGACCAAAGGCCUGACACCAACAGCAGACCUGAAAACAGUGGGCCAGACCACGACAGACCAGACAGUGGAAGCAGGCCAGAACAUAGGCCAGGCCACAACAGAUCAGACAGCAGUGGCAGUCUAGACAACAGCAACCCUGACUACAGUGGCAGGCUCGGACAGAGUAGGGCAGAAAAUGACCGGUUCGACAGUGGCAGCAGGCCUGGACACAGUGAACCAGACUACAGCGGGCCUAAACAAAGACCAGACCACAGCAACUCUAGACACAGUGUACCAGGCCACAGCAGGUCUGACAGUAGCAAAACACCAGACCAUGGCGUGCCUCACAGUGAACCUGACAGAAGGCCUGACACCAACGGCAGACCUGAAAACAGUAGACCAGACCACGACAGGCCUGACAGUGGUGCAAGUCCAGACUACAGCAAGCCCAACCAUGGUGGCAGGCCUGAACAAAGUAGGCCCAAAUUAAGGCCAGGCCACAGCAAGCCAGGACACAGCAAGCCAGGUCACAGCAGGCCCGACGGUGACCAUGACGGAAGGCCGGAACACAGCAGGCCAGACCACAGCAAGCCCAACCUUGGUGGAAGACCCGGACAAAGUAGGGUAGACCACGACAGGUCUGACAGUGGCAGCAGGCCUCGACACAGUGAGCCAGGCCACAUGAGGAAUGACGGCAGGCCCGAACACAGGAUGCCAAACCAUGGCAGGCCUGAACAAAGACCAGGCCACAACAGACCAGGCAGUGGCGUAACACAAGACCAUGGUCUGAUGACCAAAGGCCUGACACCAAUGGCAGACCUGAAAACAGUGGGCCAGACCAUGACAGGCCCGACAGUGGAAGCAGGCCUGAACAUAGGCCAGACCACAGUAGGCCCGACAGUGGCAGAACACCAGACCAUGGCGUGCCUCACAGUGAGCUCGACAGAAGGCCUGACACCAACGGUAGACCUGAAGUCAGUAGACCAGACCACGACAGGUCCUACAGCAGUGCCAGGCCAGACAACGGCAAGCCUGACCAUGGUGGCAGGCUAAACCAAAGACCAGACCACAGCAAGCCUGGAUGGAGUAGGCCAGACCACAACAAGCCCAGCAGCGGACACGACCGAAGGCCUGAGCAAGGUAGCGGCCGGCCCAACAGUGACCAUGAUGGAAGGCCUGACAAUGGAAAACCUGAACACAGU